UUUUUUUAUCUCUCCCAAUAAUGUUGUCUGUCCAGUAAAUGUCAGUUUUCCUCCCAACAUUACACAUAGAAUGAUAGAUCCUAUCCUAGUAAACACCAAACUUUUCACAACAUUCAGUUAAUGCAAUUGAUAUCAGCAUAGGAUCUCUCCUUUUUCCCCUUUUCUUGUUUUUUCCAAAAACAUUAACCAAAUUCACAUUUAGAUUUUAGACCGACAUCUUACGUUAGACUAAUCCUGAGUCCCCAGAAUUCCUGUUCAAAAAUUGCUGGAAAAGAUAAAUCGCGAGUCGCCCAAGCAGCCUUCUGGUCCGUCAUAAAGUGUAUGAUGGUGAAAAGAAAUGGAGUUUGGUGCUGAGCUGUCGGCUGGGGAGAGAAUCUUGAAUUACUCUCUUUGGGUGUCUGAAUUAGAAUGAAAUUUGUCAUAUUUUUCACCUGAUAGAUAUAUUCUAUGGAGAGUACUUUGUACAAAAUUCUGAGCUCCCAUCAUCUUUGUUGUGUCAUGCUAGCUCCCACUGCCUUUCUGCAUCUGGGAAUCUCAAAGUACUCUUGAGGGAACAUCCGAAGCAUAGAUUAGUGUGCUGCGAAAAACCCGAGGAGUGACAUCAGAUCAUCAGGAUGAGAGUUUGAUUAUAUUGAUUUCUUGUUGUUGUUUGGGGAAUAAAAAAGAAAGAUUCUUAAUUCAAGAAUUGGGAUUCCCAGAGUUCAGUGAUUAGCAUUGUUCCAACAAGCCAUUUCAGAGGUUUUUUGGGAUCUUUAAUGUACUAGAAACUCCACAAGAAGCCAUGUUGUACCUGGGAUUCUCCAAUCCAGAGGACCACCACAGCACUUGGGUGUUUUCUUUUGAAUAAUUAUUGAAGCUCAGCUCAAGUACUUUCACUUAUUGGGGGGCUCUGAUCUUCAGCAUUUGUGUCCAAAUUGAAUAUAUAUAUAAUAUAAUACUUUUCAUGUGUGGAUAUAUAGUUCAAUGUUCAUCAUCAGGCCAGUAGAAGUAGCUCAAGAAACCGAUGAUUUCUUCGAUGGAAAGUUCAGUUGCAGCGGUAGCUGGAGGCGUCGGGGGAGCGUUAGUCCUGUUGGGAGUGAUACUUUUUGUGUGUUUUUGUAUGUUUCACUAUAAGAGAUACUCAAACAGGAAUUCAGACACAGCUUCCUCAGAUCCAUCUGCAGUAGUGGAGCAAAAGAGGGAAGGAGGGUCGUCGGGCUCAUCCCAAGCGACGACGAAUCCAAGGCUGUUUAGGAUGAAAGAAUUGGAGCAUGCCACCCGACAUUUCGAUGAGGCUAACCUCAUUGGCUAUGGCAGCUUUGGUCUGGUGUUUAAAGGCCUUCUUUACGAUGGAACCAUCGUCGCUAUCAAGAGGCGCUCGGGUGCUCCCCGCCCCGAGUUUAGUGAUGAGGUGGCUCAUCUGCCUAUGGUACAACAUAGGAAUGUGGUUAACAUUCUUGGAUACUGCCAAGAGAAUGGCUACCAAAUGCUCGUUUUCGAGUAUUUGCCAAAUGGAAGUGUCUGCAGCCAUUUGUAUGGAAGGGAUUCGACAACGAAGCUGGAAUUCAAGCAGAGGCUUUCGAUUGCUACUGGUGCAGCUAAAGGUUUGUUUCAUUUGCACGCCCAACGCCCCCCGGUUAUCCAUGGCAACUUCAACACGGCUAACGUGCUGGUCGAUGAGAAUUUCAUUGCCAAAGUUGCAGAUGCAGGGGUGUCUAGGCUGCUAGAGAAGAUAGAUGAUGCAGGGCCAUCUGAGGAGUCGUCGAGCCGGGCAAGCGUGUUUAGAGAUCCAGAGGCGGAUCAGAACGGGGAAGGGAGCGAUGUUUACAGCUUCGGGGUGUUCCUGUGGGAGCUGAUAACUGGAAGAGAGGCUUCACAUAUAGAUGGCUUGGGAUCAAAUGAGAGUAUGCUUCAUUGGAUGGAAGUGCAUCUUAACGAGGAUGAUUUGGUGGAUGAGCGGCUGAAGGGGAGCUUCACGGCGGAGGGGAUGGGGGAUUUCAUUAGGCUAGCGCUGAGAUGCACCGGCUUUCCAAGAAAAGAGCGGCCGGCGAUGGAAGCGGCGGUGGCGGAGCUGGAGACAAUACUGGACAAGGAGAUCAAGCGCACAACUGUCAUGGGAGAAGAGGGCACUGCCACCGUUACUCUUGGAAGCCAACUCUUUACAAAAUAAAAUUAAUAAUUGUUUAAUUUAUUUCAGUAGUACUAGGAAUAUAUUAUAUUAUAUUAUUGGUGCCAUCCAUUUCAUUUUUCUUUACAUUAUUUUAAGGUUUUCAUAAUGUUAUUGUUGCCGUAUUCGGUGGGCGGGUUUGAAGGAACAAUCUCCUUCUAUUCCCGUUAUUUUAUGAUCAUAUUUUUUCUCUCCGAGUGAAAGGAAAGUGGUAUUAAUCAAUUGUGUUUUA